UUGACGGACAGAGUUUGAAUACGAAUAAGCCAAACGUAGCGCAGAAGGCGGGAAAGUAUUAGCCAAUCCCAGUUCAGCAGGCGAGGUUCUUACUGUCCAAUCUUAGAGCGGGAGGGCGGGGCUUUAACAGAAUGCGGAAGUGAGCGAACGUCACACUUGCUGACGGAAACACUAAGGAAACCUGCUGUACAGAACUGAUCUGGUAUUUAGGGUUACACAAUCAAACCAGAACACUCCUGCAGUCCAGAUCUGCGUCUUUAUUCGAAUUAUUUGAAAAUUGAAUUAAGUGUAAAAUGUCGGCGGGCACGUGCACCUGCUCAGAACACGUGCAGUGGCUCAAACAUCAAGUUUCAGUCAUGAGGAGAGAGAUGAAGAACCUCAGGCAGUAUGUGGAGAGUUCAGUUCGAGCCCACAGGAAACACAUGGCGUCCCUGCAGUCCACACUGAAGGAUCUUCUCGAUAAAAAGCAGAUGAUGAAGAAGAGUCCAUCAUCCUCCUCCUCAGCUGGGACAGAUCUGUCAUUAGAGAGAGGUCAUAUCCGCACCGUCCCCAUCGGCUACAUCACUUCCUGUUUCACUCAGAAGAACGGCACUCCGAGACAGCCGGCCGUCUGCGGCUCAUCCCGCGCUCGACUCCAAAUCCGGUCCUCUGUGUUCAACAACCCUGAACACGCUCUCACCGGCCUGCAGCACUACUCCCAUGUCUGGCUCAUCUUUCUCUUCCAUAAGAAUGGACACAUGAGGUAUAAAGCUAAGGUGAAGCCUCCUCGUCUGAACGGAAAGAGAGUGGGGGUGUAUUCUACACGCAGUCCUCACAGACCCAACGUCAUCGGCCUCACACUCGCUAAACUGGACACUAUCACAGGUGAUGUCCUGAACCUGUCAGGUGUGGAUCUGAUCUCCGGCACCCCUGUACUGGACAUUAAACCCUACAUUCCCGAGUAUGACUCUCCACUCACACACAGCGCACUGACCACAGAGCCGCAACACCAGCAGGAAGUGCUCUCUGACACACCUGACACACCCGAGGAACCGGAGCGUCUGGAGAGCUUGUGCGUCUCCUCGUCUGAAGAGCAGCUGGGUGAGGAUGAGGGUGAGGUUGAUGAGGGUGAGGGUGCAGCAGGACGUGGUGUGAGCACUGUGAUGGAGGAGCUGAGGGAGUUUCUCCUGCAGGGAGAUGAAGAUCAACACACCAACACAGCCCAGGAGGAAGAGGAGGAGGAGGAAGAGGAGGAGGUGUGUGAGACGAACAGCAGAGUCGCUUCCUGGAUCAGAAAACCUCCAGUAGAUCCUCUGAGUGUGAGAUUCACUCCUACUGCAGAGCGACAACUCGCCCACUUCCUGCCACCUCACUGCUCAGACACGGGAAGGCCGAAGUUCCGUUUUUUUAACGGUCCUGAGGAAGCCGCCGCCGCCAUCCGGGGAGUUUUAUCAGCUGACCCCAGGUCUGUGUACCGGAGAAAGCGCUGCAGCGAUCGCCUCUUCUUCUUCAGUCUGGACACGGCUCACAUCACCUGCUGGUUCGGGGACGGAUUCGCUGAAGUGUUGUGCGUCCGCCCCAUCAUGAACCCGGAGGGAGGAGCUCAGGGUCCGAGAGAACCGCCCCCUGUCUCCUCCUCUCAAAUAUAAACUCUCUAAUAUAUACAUGUAAUAUCCUGUGAGUGUGUGUGUGUGUGUGUGUGUUCAAUUCAUUAUUCAAAUGUCCUAGAGCUUUCCUUUGAUCAUUAAGAUGCCAGAGAUCUUGCUGUGUUAAAUCAAAUAAAAUCAACUCUUCUUAUUGA